GGUGGUGCGUACAGCUCCUCUGUCUGCUCCUGUAGUUCAUGUAAUUUUGGCUUUUUAAAACAGCUCUGUGUAUUUCUGUGCCUCAGACUGACCACCGACAUGCGCUUCGCCCCGUUCUCCUGCCCGGAGCGCGGCUCCUGGAUCCAGGGCAGCCAGGACAAGGACUUCUCUCUGAUGCUGCAGGAGAGUCUGCAGCCGGCCGUCUGCCUGCACAGAUACCCGCGCUCUCAGAUAGAGGUCAACGUCAUGGUUCUGGAGAACAGCGGCUCGGUCCUGGCCCACGCUGUCACCUGUGCUUCCAUGGCACUGGCAGACGCCGGGAUUGAGAUGUACGACCUUGUGCUGGGCUGUUCCCUCCGUCAGGACGGCGCCUCCUACGUGGUGGACCCCACGUACCCAGAGGAAAACAGCUGGAAGUCGGGCGGCGGGGAGAAGCGGGGCGGCUUGACGGUGGCCUUCCUGCCGAGUCUGAACCAGGUUUCUGGGCUGCAGUCAGACGGUGAGAUGGCGGAGGAGACUCUGACUGCAGGGAUUCGGACCUGCAUCGAGGGCUGCUAUAAACUGUAUCCUGUGGUCCAGCAGGCCUUAAUGAAGGCCGUUCGCCAGGCCGCUCCGCCACCGGCAGAGAGCUAAGACACCCGGGACCUUCUGUCUCUAAGAACAUUGUCUGUUAUCUCUAUUUGGUCUUUUUUUUUUUUUAAAU